AUGGUGAAUAGAAACCAAAAUGAUGAUGAUAUCAUACGGCAAGUUCGACACGGCGAUAUGGCAGCAGAUAAUAAUCUAGUAGUUAUAGUUAAAAGAAUUAUGGCUCGAAAUGGGGUAAAUUUCGGCCUUAGAAGGCCAAAUUAUACGUCACCUGCGUCAGAGUAUAUAUUGCAGGCAGAAGCACCCCCUAGAACCAAAAUCCCCAAAUUCACCAAGUUUGUCGGGGAUACCACUGAGUCCACUGUCGAGCACAUGGCUAGAUAUUUAAUUGAUGCUGGAGAUAUGUCAAACAAUGAGAGCCUUAGGAUAAAAUUCUUUCCAAGUUCUAUCACAAAGAAUGCUUUUACAUGGUUCACCACCUUGCCCCAAAGUUCGAUCCACACUUGGAACCAACUGGAAAGAAUGUUCCAUGAACAGUUUUACAUGGGGCAAACGAAAAUAAGUUUGAAGGAGUUGACUAGUAUCAAGCGAAAGUUCAGUGAACCAAUUGAUGACUAUCUAAAUAGGGAUCUUGUGCAAAAUGCCAUCCAGGAAGGAAGACUCAAGUUCGGAGACAAAACACAGAGCCAGAUGAAGAUCGACUCUGAUCCUCUACAAGUAGCUGAGGCCCAUUAUACUGAACUAGAAGAAGUGAACCUUAUUGAAGUCGCUGAUGAUUUCAACAUGACUGAAGUCACUAAGGACAUCGUCAAUGGACCUGUUAUGGCCAAGGUUCAUGAAUACUUCGAGAAAAUGCCUCUUGAUGAUUUCACUCAAAAGGCUGCAUGA